AUGCUGGACAUGACCCUCGCAAUCAACUUCGCCCUCGAGAAGCUCUGCGAGCACGCAGACUUCCUCGGAGGCAUCUUCGGCCUCGUGCCACCCGUGCCAGCACCUCGCUCUCCAACACUCCACUGGCAGAAUCAGCCUGUCGCCAUGCUCGUCCUACCGCCCGCCUGCCACCACCUGGAACCCGUCGACCAAUCCAUCGCCACCCCGCAACCCAUGUCAAUUCUAGCACCCUCCGAAUCAGCACCAGCCUCUCCACCUACUUUCGGAAGUGCCCCAACGUUGCCCAGAGCCCGUCAAGCAAGCCCGCGUCGCCGCUCCAAUUCAAAGGGAGUGGAUCUGAGGAGAGUUUUCGGCGCUCGAAUCGAGAAAUGCCCGGUCGCCGCCUUCGGAUCAGCGCCAGUUCGUGUGUCGUCUGCCGAGGAGGAGGAUGACGAUGACGCGUAG